AUGGCUGCCGCAGCUUCGUCUGGCUGGCAGGGGAUCCCUGCACUUCAUGGAUCACCAGUGUCCCCAAAGACAAAUGGAGCUCCAAACCGGCCUCUGAACACAGUCAAUGCUGGGCCAGCGAGGCCAAGGUCCAUUGCCGCGGUCGGCGUGCUGCUGGUGGCGGUGCAUUCGCGCCGUCAGGCGCGACGGCGAGGCGUUGGCCGCGCUGGGCUAACGCCUCUGGCGGAGCGCUUGGGACGUAUGGCCGGCGUGAUGCCAAAGGAAGAUCCUGCACUUUCUUUGCCCGACCUGCAGCAGUUGCAGGCUCUGGCUAAAGACUUCAAGAUCACCGAGACCAUCCAACACUUGCAGUCGGCGAUUCCAAUGCUUUUGGCCUCACCAGUGGUCCUCCCCACGGCCUGCGGGGUGCUCGUGGUGGCGCUGUUGGCGCUGCGGCGGGGCCGUCAGCCGUGGUUGGAGGAGUUGCCUUUGCGCUACGAUGGCGCCUGGAUCGCAGCCUACUGGCAGCGCCGCCCGCUGCAGUUGUUGCAACGUUUCGUGGAGGUGUCCUUGAAAACUGGUGCCUUCAGUGUGGCUGUAGAGCUCGACAAGUUCUUCGGUCGGGAGGAGGCCAUGGCUCCGCAACGUGCCCGAGAGGCGAAGGAGCUGAUCACAGAUCUUGGCCCUGCCUUUGUGAAGAUCGUGCAGGUCUUCGCAUCGCGGCCAGAUGCCCUUCCGGAGGCGUACCAGAAGGAGUUUGAAGGUUUGCUAGAACGAGUGCGACCUUUCAACAAAGAUGAGGCGAUGGAGACUUUGACCCGGAAUUUGGGUGAUGUGGAACGCCUCUUCGACGACAUGGCCGCCUUCAACGAGCCGGUGGCGGCGGCUUCAGUGGGCCAAGUCUAUCGCGCACGCAUGUCAGGGCGGCAGGUGGCGGUCAAGGUCCAGCGCCCGGAUGUUCGGGAGCAAGUGACUUUGGACCUCUUCGUGGUUCGGCAGAUCGCCAGCAUAGGCUCUUUUUCUCCCAUCGAGAGGUAUGCGCGCCAGUUCCGAAGCUUGUUCCAAUUGGUGGACCGUGCAGCGCCCCCGUUCAUCGAAGAGCUCGAUUACGAGUUCGAGGCCAGCAAUCAGACGGAGUUCGCCGAGCUGAUUGCCAAGUGUGAUUUGGUCUCAGACACUGUGCAGGUGCCGGAGGUGAUCAAAGCCUCUCGGGAAGUUCUCAUCCAGGAAUGGUUGCCAGGGAAGAAGCUGACUGAGCCAGGAGCUGCCAAGGACCAGGCGCAGCAAGUGGUGAAAGUGCUGCUGAACUCCUACAUGGUGCAACUCCUGGAGACCGGUUUCCUUCAUGGAGAUCCCCAUCCAGGCAACUUCGUGCUGAUGCCCUCGGGCAAGAUCGGAAUCUUGGACUAUGGCCUGAUGACUCGAAUCUCGGAGGACAAGAGAGUGGCACUGAUCCAGUACUUGAUGCAUGUCCAGGCCAACAUGUACGACGAGUGCCUGCAAGACUUGGUAACCCUGGAGUUCCUGCCUGAAGGCAUUGCCAACGAUAAGGAGGCACGCGAGGUCAUUGUUCCAAGACUAGCGGAGACGUUGAACAUCCUCUUCGACCAGAGCGAUUUGCGGGUGCAGAGAGAGAAGUUCAUCAAACAACGCGAGGAGCUGGAGGCCUCUGGAAAGCUCGAGGUCUUACAGAGUGAGCUCCAGAACAUUGCACGGAAGUACGGCUCCUUUCAGCUGCCAGGCUAUGCCACGCUCAUCAUCCGAGCAUUGGCCACCUUGGAAGGCGUUGGCUUGAGAGCGAGUUCCUCCUUCUCCUUGAAGUCGGAAACCUUCCCCUAUAUCGCCCGGCGCUUGCUCACGGACGACAGCCUCCGGAUUCGGGAGGCGCUGAAGGCUUAUCUCUACAAGGGCCGCAGCCGGAUUGCACCUGACCGCCUGGAUAGCCUCUCUCAAGGCUUUAGGACCUUCACGAAUCUGAUGAAGGGAGACCGCGGCCAGGCCGCUGCCGCCGGCGCGCCGACGCCGGAACAAGAGCAAACGACGAAUGCGGAUGCCACGAUUGCUAACGAUCUCGAUCUGGCGACGAAAGAUAUUGCCGCUGUCCUGUUUUUGCCAGAUGGCAACUUUCUGCAAGAGAUUUUGAUUGAGGAGGGUGUGGCAGCAGUGGACGCCCUUUCGCGCGCAGCUGUGCUGCAGGCGGUGAGAGCGCUCACCCCUUUGGGGCCUUUGGCGGUUCCAGUGGCCGCACCUUUGCGUUUAUUGUUGGGUGACCAGCUGGAAGAGAGGCUCCUCACACGAGAGGACAAGCAAGCUCUCCUGGUCAUCCGCAAGAUUGUUCAGAUCAUUCAGGCAGGGCAGCCUGCCACAACGCCCACAGGGUCUUUGGAGGACCUCCAGCGCUUAGUGCAGCUGGCCACAGGCUUGGGGCCCUCGCUUGUGCCAGGUGCCACGGCCUUCGCGCGGCGUUUCUCCCAGCGCCUUGCGCAGCGGGCGCUGCAGCGGGUGGCAGAAGACUUGGAGGCACAACUUCUCCAAGCAGGUGACAGCAAGAAGAACAUCAUCAAUUACUUCCUUCGAGGCAAGCGCAACUCCAAACGGCAAGCGCCUGCGCGGUGUGUGCAAAGCGAGUCCGCAGCCUGCGCAGUGUCCAACGAGCGGCGUCCUACACGGCGUGCUGCGCUGUCUGAAGGCCUGGUGCUGGCCGUGGCACUCUGCCCUAUGGGGAGAAUGGAGCUCAGGCCUGUCCGGCCUGCGGUGAAGCCGCGGCUCCCUGUGCCCCGGCCCAAGGGACCCUCCCCGCCGACCAGCGCACCACCGAGCACUGCGCCAGCUCCGGCAGAACCAGCCACCGCUACGACUGACGGGGGGCUGAAGAGAAAGCUUGACCAGGUCGCUGCAGGCAUUGGCCUUCCCAGCCCAAAGGCCAGCAAAGGAGCCGCGAAGGGUGCAGCCACGCCACCUGAGCCCAAGGCAGGCAAAGGUGGAGCUGCCAAAGGUGCUGUGCUGACCCCGAAGGCAAAAUCUAUGCCUGGGGCGCCAGCAGAGGACGAAGCAGAAACGCCUGCCUCUCCAACCCCAGGCUUGCCAAAGCCACAGAAGUUCGUUCCAGCCUCCAAGGCGAAGCCAGCGGAACCGAAAGCUGAGCCUCCCAACGGCAAGUCCGGGGGGAAAGGCGUCCCGCCCAAGAAGGUGGGAGAAGGGCGGGAGUGUCAUGAACUGCUGGCACAGCUGAAGAGCAGCUUUUGGGAGCUGCCGGAAGACAGUCCCAUGCGACACCCGGCUCAGCUACGGAAUGGUCUUUGUGUAGAUCAUUGGCUAGGCCUCUUGGAGCAUGUGCUGCAGGAGGGCCCUCCAGAGGUGGUUCCCAGCGGUGCGCGGUUCGCGAUGGACGUCUACGGCUUGGAGUCAACGCUGCAGAUGGAGGGCGAGGACGUGGAGGUCCACUGCCUCAGCACCGAGCCCACCUUCUUUGGCAACUAUGCCCCGCCCGACGACUUGGACGGCCAGAUCAUCGACCUGGUGGCCACUCGCUUUCCCAGCUCAGCGAAGCUGCAGCUGCGGCCCAAGGGACUCACCUUCGCCCGGGACUUGGCGCGACACUCGGAGGUGAGAGCCUGGCAAGCACAGAUGGGUGACGCUUGCACAGUCAAGUCUUUGGGUAUUGUCCCGGAGGAGAUCGCGAAUCUGAACUACACCCCAGGCGUGGCGGUGAACUUGGAGCUCCCAGAGGGAGGCGGUCUCUUGCAGAAGAGCCCACAGCAGAAGGUGGUCCUCUCCGACCACUUGCCCAUUGCUUUCACAGUGCAGUGGGAAAGUGAGCAAUCGGAGAGACACGAGCUCUACUGCACGUCAAUGAAUAUGCUCGCUCAGAGCUACUUAGACUUCAACUUCUGGACUUGUGGCUUUUUGCCUCCCGGCUCCGGGCCACGGCUGACAGAUUGGGAGCGGGUGAACCGCUGGCUCUGGCGCUGGAUCUUCCGCGUACAGAGAGAAGCCUCGAAAGCACAAGUGGCAGGCAACGUCAUGGCUCCAGACGCAGUCCGCCAGGGUGUUUUUGUUCAGCUGCUGAUGUCCUUGGAGGAGUCAGAGCGUCCAGACUUGCUCUUGCUGCAGGAGUUCGGCUUAGCUGAACUUUGCACCGAAGACCUCCAACAUUUGACGGAGCGCUUGUUUGAGCAACGGCCUAUGCUAAGACCACUUUUGCAAUGUUAUGACAUCGUGAAUUUGGCUCCGAAGCUCCACGUGCGCCGCGACUGGGGCUGUUCCUUCAGCGACACGGGUUUGUUGCUGGCGAAGAAGAGUCUCAUGGAGAAGUACCAGUUCGAACCGUUGAACUGCGCGGCCAAGGGCCAGGCCUGUGAGCUGGAGCAGAUCUACUCAGCCAAUUCAGGGAAGCCCAUUGUUGGUGCCCAGCUGCAGGAGAAGAACACGGGGAAGCCCUUAGCAAACUUCUUCGGAGUUCAUGCGGAGAAGUCAAAAACAGCGGAGGUGCUGCGCGGCCUUUUCCACUUCGCAGGGUCGUUGCCCACAUUAGUGGUUGGUGACUUCAACGCGGUGUUGCGGGCACCAUCCGCAGAGAUUCCAGAGAAAUCUGCGUGUUGGGAACUUUGGACCAGCAGUGUCCAAGAAUUUCCGUUCGAAGGACCUUUACGGGUCGAAGCCCACUGA